AUGGUGAAAAGAAAGAAGUUGAACGACAGAGAAGGUAAUAGUGCUUCCUCCACAAAGUACUUCUCUUGGCCUGAGCAUUUCGAUAAGCCAUUUGCAUAUUGUAUUUUAGAGUGCUUCGAGAAGGGACUGAUAGUGGAUGGCAUUUGUAAGAACGGUGUGUAUGGUCUGCUUGCGAGAAUGAUGGAAGCUAAGGUCCCGGGCUGUGGAGUGAAAGCCAAGCCUCAUGUAGAAGGUAGGAUUAAAAAAUGGAAGAAGAUUUGGCAUGCAAUGACAUUCAUGAGAAACCAGAGUGGAUGGGGCUGA